UAUCAAAGAUAUAUAUAUAUAUAUAUACAUUACGUAUAUAUGUACCUCUGCAUCUGUUAUUUUUUUCUUUUUUCUUUUUAUUUCUCUUAUCCAACAAUUUUCAAACACAAUUAUCUUUAAUUGACAUCGUUUUCACAAGAUGUCUCGUCGAUUAUUAUAUAUAAUGAGAAAUCGAUAUUGUUUUGUUUAUCUGAUACCUAAACGAUCGGAUUGAUUUAUGUGACAUCGUAAGUUCAUAAUCAGUGUAAGUUCAUAAAUGUCUCCUUGGAUAAAAGAAAAAAGUUAAGAAAGUAGAAGAGGAUUAAUUAAUAUACGAACAUAAGAUGAAUACGAUCCAGCAAAAUCUAUUAAAUAUAAAACUCUGCGGAAAAUGCAGAAAAUAUCAAUCGUUUUAUAACAAAGAUUUAGAAAACAAUACAAAUUAUUGCAAUUGUUUGGAAGUAAAGGAUGAAAUUGACGACGAAGUAAAUAAGAUGCAAGUUAAUAAAAAAGAAAUAGAAGAAGAAAAGGAAAAGAAAAAUGUCGAUUCAAAGGCAAAAGGAGAAGAAGAAGAUGAGAAAAAUUUAGAAAUCUUUAAAAUAGAUGAAACGAAGGAAGAAAUGAAAGAUAUAACGAGAAAAGAGAUUAAUGACGAAAAAGAUAAGAGUAUAAAUAAUGUGAAACAAAGGGAACAUUUAAAUGACGAAAAUUAUGAAAACGAGAUUAAAAUGUUAGAAAGAGGAAUUGAAUCUAACGAAGAAGAAGAAGAAGUAAAAGAAGAAGAAGAAGUAAUAGAAGAAGAAGAAGAAGAAAAGGAGGAAGUUUUAAGCGGAAAAAAUAAUCUGAUGAAAUUGUUAAAAAAUAUGAACCAAUACAUGAAUAAGAAUGAUAUAUUAAAUUGGAUGAAUGAUGAGGAGAAAUAUAAGAAGGAAACUUUUUAUUUAAAUUGUCCUCAUUGCAAUAGAGAAUUACUAUAUCAUGGCAAGGAUACGAUCAAUACGAUUUGUCUUAAAACUUGUCGACAUAUUCUUUGCAGGUAUUGUAUCUCCACAUUAUUGCAAAAAUUCAUACACAAUGAGAUAAUUGAACUAAGAUGUCCAUAUUUCGAAGUAACACAAUGCAAUGCAUUAAUCGAUGAAGCUAAAGAUAAUAUCGAAGGGUUGGUCAAUCCGAAUCUUUAUAAAAAAUAUUUAAUGUCACUGGCCAAAGAGUUAAAAGACAAUAUCAAAAAUACAGUGGUUUGUUGCAUAACACUUAAUUGUAAAGGCUGGUGCAUUAUAGAAGAUGACAGUGUCGACAAUUUUUUAUGUCCCAUAUGCAAGAGAAAUAAUUAUAUAAAUUUGAAAGCCAAUAAAAAUGAAAUAGAAGAUACGUAUGAAAACGAGUACAUGCAAAAUGAAAGAUACAACGAAUUAAUGUUAUUAAUGGCAAAUGAUUUUGUACCAAACUUUGAACCAUUCGAAUGUCCAAUAUGUUUUGUUCCUUAUAAACCUCAGGAAGGAUUAGUUUUGAAGAAUUGUUUACACACAUUUUGCAAAACAUGCCUCGCAAAUACAGUUUUAUUUUCUGACCAUGCAGACGUGAAGUGUCCGUACAAAGACGAAAAUUAUUCUUGCGAAGGAACGAUACAACAAAGCGAGAUUAAAGCGAUAGUAAAAUCGGAAGAUUUUAACAAAUAUUUACAAAGAUCGAUAGUACAAGCCGAAAGUGAAGCAGGGAAUUCUGCUUAUCACUGUAAAACACCAGACUGUCCUGGUUGGUGUAUUUAUGAACCAUAUGUUGAAAGUUUUAUAUGUCCUGUAUGUGAAAAAAACAAUUGUCUUCUAUGUAAGAAGAUACAUAAAGUAAAUUGUACGGAAGACAUGUUAAACGAGGAAUCAUCAGAUUCAAAAUCUGAUUUUUUAAUUCAGCAGAUGUUAAAUAAUAAAAAUGCACUUCCUUGUCCCACAUGUAACACAAUAAUAAUGAAAAUAGAUGGUUGCGAUGCAGUUGUAUGCACUAUAUGUAAAACCGAAAUAUGUUGGUUAACACGAGGACCACGUUGGGGCCCCAAAGGCCGAGGUGAUACUUCCGGUGGUUGCAAGUGCAAUGUGAAAGUUAAAUGUCAUCCAAACUGUCGCAAUUGUCAUUGACUCGGUUCAUUAAAAAAUAUACAUUUUAUAUAUAAUAAAAUAUAUUCGUAUAAUUAGCUAAGAGCAUUUUUUUUGUCUGUAUAAAUAAUAAAAGUGUGAAAAUAUAA